AUGUCUGCAAACAGAUUAGAAACUAUUGGUCGUCAUAUUCGAUUAAGUACACAAUAUAAAAGUGAACAACAACAACCAGAAUAUCGUUUUACAUUGUCCAAUGGAAAUUUAACUAAUGAACAACGUGAAUUUUAUGAAAAAAAUGGUUUUAUUGUUAUUCGAAAUUUAGUUUCACCUGAAACACUUGAACGAUUUCAUAAACGUUUUCAAGAUAUUUGUACAGGUAAAGUUCCAACAUUUGGUAUGACAGUAAUGAAAGAUAUAGCUAUUGCUAAAUCGGAAUUUGUUGAUGGUGAAAAAGCUAUAACAAAAAUUCAAGAUUUUACAUUAGAUGAUGAAUUAUUUCAAUAUUGUUGUUUACCUGAAAUUGUUAAAUAUGUUGAAAAUUUUACUGGUUCAAAUAUAAUGGCUAUGCAUACAAUGUUAAUUAAUAAGCCACCUGAUCCGGGUACUCAAACAUCACGACAUCCACUUCAUCAAGAUUUAUAUUAUUUUCCAUUUCGACCAGCUGAUCGAAUUGUUUGUGCAUGGACAGCAAUGGAACAUAUACAUCGUGAAAAUGGAUGUCUUGUAGUUUUACCUGGAACACAUAAAGAUGAACUUCAAGAACAUGGAUAUCCAAAGUGGAAGGGUGGCGUCAAUAAAAUGUAUCAUGGAAUUCAAAAUUUUGAUCCAAAUGCAGAACGAAUACAUUUAGAAAUGUGGAUAGGUGAUACUGUAUUUUUUCAUCCAUUACUUAUUCAUGGUAGUGGAACGAAUAGAACUGCAGGAUUUCGAAAAUCAAUAUCUUGCCAUUAUGCAGAUUCUGCAUGUGAAUAUAUUGAAUGUGAUGGUCGACAAGAAUUAAUUUCGAAAGAAGUUACAGCAAUAUUUAAAAAACGAACAGGAGCUGAAGAUGCACGUUUUGAAGAUGUUUGGAGAAUUAAAAGUCGGCUUGUUCAAGGUGAACGAAUAAAUUUAUAA